ACGACAGUAACAAAUUAUUGUAGACAGACUAUCAAUCCUUUUCUUAUCCACCCUAAUACACUAAAAAUUAUACAAUUAUUAAUUGUAUACACACUUUUGCCAUUACAAUGAUUUUUUCGAUACUGAAUAUUCCCACCAUCUACAGAUCCGCAUCGAAGCGUUUUGUUUUUAAAUUUUUUUAUAGUCAUUCGGUUGCAAUCUGUCCCACUUUGCUAGCUUUAGUAUGAGUUUUAUUUUUCUUAUCUUUGCGCUUGAUAUCAAUCGAUGGUGGUGGUACCCGACGGAUAAAAAGAAGAAAACCUACAAUCGACGGGACUAGUGUGUCAUUCACACGGGUAACACUCCCUACCUAGGACGUUCUGUCGCGGCAAAGGCAUCGGUCGAUUACCUUAGGAACACACAAAAGCCUUUGGUUACCUGUUGUCAGAUUGUGAUUAGCCGAGCUAUUAUCAAUAUUUCCGUGGAACACCGUGCUGGCCGUUUUUGUAUUCGACGGCGUUUACACAGGUGGCGCCUACAGCUACCUACGUCUAAUCCACAGUGUACGGUAAUGACUGUUGCGAAUGCGCGCAAUGUUUUCUACUUCGAAUGUUAGUUGCCGUCAGUGCGAAUUGCCGUGAAUAUAAAAAAAAAUAUUUUAUUUACAAAAAGACCUUUCUGAACGAGACCGAGAAUUGUAAUUAAACCUAGUCACCACCGUCGUCGACCAUGGCCCAGAAGGUGGACUCGGAAAAAUGGGUUAUUUCUCAAAGAUGGGUAAUGGCUGUGAUGGGUAUGAUGGGCGUGACGAUGGCUUACGUUAUGCGAGGUUGUUUAGCUAUUACCAUUACGCAGAUGGUAAAACCGGUAGUGAAUACGAUAGAAAAAGUUGGACAAAAAGAUCUGGAAUAUUGCCCCAUGCCAUAUGUACCACAAAGGCAAUCAAACACCACCUCAACACACUAUGAAGAAGACACAAGCAGUCGAUUUGAUUGGGACGAAGAAACUCAGGGUUUGAUACUGUCGGCGUUCUACUACGGUUACAUAAUAACCCACGUGCCUGGUGGUUUGUUAGCCCAAAGGUUCGGUGGCAAACACACCAUGGGCCUAGGAAUUCUCUCCACAGCCGUUCUUACCAUGUUCACGCCGAUGGUGGCUCGCAUGGGUUCCACACAACUGAUGAUCUUGCGUUUCGUCGAGGGACUGGGAGAGGGUACUACGUUUCCGGCACUUUGCACACUUUUGGCUCAAUGGGCACCACCGCUUGAAAAAGGAAAGCUUUCGACGCUAGUUUUUGCAGGUGCACAAUUAGGAAGCAUUUUUGCCAACUCCAUUAGUGGAUUCAUCAUUCAUUUCGUGCCCGGCGGCUGGCCAAACGUUUUCUACUUUUUCGGUGGCAUAUCCAUGGUCUGGUUCGUCAUCUGGUGCCUCGUGGUCUAUAACGAUCCGUUGUCGCAUCCGUUUAUUUCCGAUCACGAACGCAACUAUUUACUGCAGAGCAUAGGGAGUAUCGAGAGGAAAAAGGACUUGGCACCAACCCCGUGGAGACACAUUCUGACGUCCGCGCCCGUUUGGGGGUUGAUAGUCGUGGAGUCGGGACACGAUUGGGGUGGUUACACUAUCAUGAGCGAUCUACCCAAAUACAUGAGCGACGUGCUUCAUUUCUCAGUGAAACAAAACGGUUUCCUGUCGUCCAUUCCUUUCAUUGCCCAGUGGAUAACGUCGAUUACAAGUAGCGUGUUAGCUGACUGGACGAUCAAAAAACAAUACAUGAGCGUCACGGCAGUGAGGAAACUUUAUGCCGCCAUAGGCACCAUCGGACCCGGAUUGGGUGUAAUGUGCGCUUCGUUCGUGGGAUGCGACAAGGUCACAGCAACGUUCUUGUUCACGUUGGGAAUGGCACUCAUGGGGUUCUGCUAUCCCAGCAUACGGGUCAAUGCACUGGACUUGUCACCAAACUACUCAGCCACCAUAAUGGCUUUGGUCAACGGUAUUGGAUGCCUGUCAGGAAUGGCCACUCCUUAUGUGGCUGGACUCCUAACGCCCAACAGGACGAUUUUGGAAUGGCGUUUGGUGUUCUGGAUCAUGCUGAUAGUGAUGAUGGCUUCCUCAGUGGUGUUUACCAUGAUCGGUAGUGGCGAGUUACAACCUUGGAACGAUAUAGAAACAUACGAAAAAAGAAAAAUAGGACAAGAAAAGGACGAGUCGCAAAAAAACUACCAAGACAGUAAACCAACAUCUGCAUAUGACACGUCGUUGAAAAAGCCAAAUUGAUGUAAUGUCGGUUUUCGUCAACUGAUUUAAUUGUGUGAUUUUCUUGUAAAUAAACCUGUCUAUAUAAUAUUAUACAUAGGUAAUUCUACAGUUGCUAUUAAUUUAAUAGAAACUAUGUUCAUUUUGUAUGUUUGUCAAUUAAAAUUUUACCUAAACAUGUUGAAAAA